AUGCUGGGUGCAAAGAGCCGAGCAGAAGUAGUACUGACCGUUGUAAUCGAAAGCCUCAUGGCCAGGCUUCUGCCAGAGAGCACACGAGCCCCUGUGUCAACGGCGACGGUGACGACGAAGAGCUCAGGAGGUCUGGCAUCUUUCAUGGUAAAGGAGAAGCAUGAUGAUGCAAACUACAUAACGGCAUCGAAGACUAUUCGUCGCGGUAUGCUGCGAUUCGGGCCCUCGAUACCGUGGAGACAUGGUCAGGAUGUCAACGACAGAUACAGCGAAGAAUAUUUGACUGUCUUUGAGACAUGGCAGGUGAACACGAGUCGUCGACCGAAUAAGAGCAGUGUCUCUGAGAUUGUGGCAACAGAAACUUCAACGAUCGCUGUCUACAGAGCAUAUAAUGGCAUCCAUAGGGAAACGCACACAAGAAGCAUGGAAAGCCAUGAGAAGAAGGAAGCACGAGGCACGACAGCAAGAUGUCACAUCGAAAUACAAAAGUGGAAGAAGCUAAAUGAUUUGCAAGCAAGCAAAAAAAGAUAUAUUGAGAGUAGAAAGAAGAAACCUCAGAUAGCAAAGUCACCCAAUGCAGCAGGCAACAAGACCAAUCCAAGAUUCGCAACAAACAUCAACGACCCAGACAGAAACAUGAGAACAUGCAUGAGUAUAAACCUCCAAGAAGAUCCUUCAAGUAAGAGCGACGAACCCAGGGCGAGAAAGCCUCAGACCAUCCGGCAGAGAAUUAGUACUUCUGCAAAGUGCAAGAAGCAUUGA